AUGGUUGCGGACGCUCUAGUUUACCACCCAACGGUGUCGCAUUAUCUCAAGUUUGUCGCGACAACUGUCGGGCGCGACAAGGUGCUGCGAACGCUGCAGUACUUUUCUCGAUUCCUAGCCUGGUACCUGUACCGCACCAACCGCCCAGCAUCGACCAUCGCGCCGUUCGAUGCGACCAAGAAGACGUUUGGCCAGACGCGCAAGCUCAUGCGCGUGGGCAAGUUUGUCGAGCACUUCAAGGCUGCGGCCAUAGCGACCGAUGCCAAGAGCAUGGAUCCCGUGCUGAGGUUUACCGCUAUUGGAAGGCAGUUGGGAUAUGCAUUUUACAUGCUGUGUGAUAACGCUUGCGUGCUCGACGCAACCGCCAUCCGCAAGUCUUCGUACGCCCCGCGCCUCCUGCGCGAAGGCUACCGCGCCUGGUUUGCGGGUAUCUCGUGCUCGAUUGCCUCGGGCCUGUACUCGUACUACAAUUUGCUCCAGCGCUCAAAGGCCAUUACCCAGUCUUCCGAUCCGGAGAAGGUUGUUGAGACGAAGAAGUUGCAGGUCGAGCUUAAUGCUGUAAGGGUCCAGCUCAUUAGCGACCUGUGCGAUAUCACUAUCCCCAGUUCGGCGCUUGGCUGGAUCGAUCUUGAUGAUGGUAUUGUGGGAUUGGCCGGAACGACGAGUUCGCUUUUGGGUGUCUGGGCACAGUGGAAGAAGACUGCGUGAGUGGUUGUGGUUAUGUAGAGUGGGAGGUGUUGUACGAUGUUUCGAGGAAGACGAAGGGGAAUACAGGGGAGUAGGAGGAAAUGUAGAUUUUAAUUUGCCUCUGUCACUUUUAUUUGGUAACUGGCUAGUGAUUUUCACACACGCAUAUGUCUCAAACUGCGUUCAUAUGCGUAUUUCCAAUCUCCCUGAGCUAUCUUCCUUGGCUUUUUUUU